AGUGCCAAUGAAUAAACUUAUGUUCGUUUAUUUUCAAAGUUGAUCGGCACAGAAUUUAGUUUAUCAAACAUGCAUUUAUCCUUUUUUUUCUAGAAUUAACCAAAUGCCUUUAUUAGCAAUAUGUCAUUGCACAGUUGUAUGCUUCCGGAACGAACAUUUUACACACUCCUUAGAUACUUGUUUCUGUUCUGUUUGAAUUGGCUUCAGUUAUAUUCAUCAUACGUACAUAUAUUUGCAUGUGUGACUUAUAUUGCACUGAAUAGUUUAUUUAUAUCAAAUACUGAUUUAGAAAAUGCCAAAACCGAGAAUAGUGACAGCAUUGAUGAACCUAGUGACGAUAGUGACAGUAAGAGCACCGCCGGAAAACAUUUUACAUUUACGGGAACAUUCCUCAACUCAUUGACCGAUCAACAACCAGGUGUCGAAAGUGACCUUGCAGCUGCUAGUGCUGGAGGUGGUGCCUUUACAGGUAGCGGGUUGUUUCUGGACAAAAGAGAAAAACUAGAAUUGCUGCGAAUACUUCUCGGGAAAGAUUUACAGAGUUAAAGAUAACCGGGCCUGUAAAACUGUUCAUUAAAAUCUCUUUGAAAGCAUGGAGCACAACCGAGCAAAAUAACAACAAGCUCGGUUUGAUUGAGGUUCUAUGCAAAACGGACUGCACACACUUCUGGAGAUAGAACAACAAGAACUUUGAAGCGUUUGCAUGUUUUGAUUUGCUAUGAAAUUAAUGCGUUGUUUCUUAAUGAAUAUUUAGUAGCUGUGCAUAACACCUCAUUGUUACAAUGUACAUUACAUGAUAACUUUUGAAAAUAGUUACAAUUUUGAUAUAGUCAAUACUGAAAAUUUAUGUGUAUAUACAUAGAAUUUAGUGACCAAAAAGAUUAUUUAUUUUGCUCUUAUGUUAUGUAUAUAUUAGUCAACUUUGAUAUAUCCCCGUCAUUGUCUGCAAGUGUAUUUAUAUGUGCAAUCUUCAUAGAUAUGGAGGAUGAUAAAUAAAUCAAUAAUUGCAAGCUUUUAUGGACAGUUAUUUUCAGAAUUAAACUUGAAAAAUUUAAUUACAGAUGAGAUUUUCAUAUUGCAUUUAUAUUUUUUUUUAAUCUCUUACGGGAUUGACUCCUGUAUUUCAUAUUUUCUAGUUUAUUUUUCUAAGAAGAAACAUCAAAAUGUGCUUAGAUCAUCUUCAUAAAAGAACAUGGAAAGCCAUUAUUUUAUGCAUUGCACUAUGCAAAUAUGAAAUGCCUUGUCCAUAUAUAUCAAUCAACAAUCUGCAUCUUUAUGUGUCUGAAAUAUAUACUAGUAUUAAUAUUAAACACAUUUACUUACAAUACAUGUAGAAUGAUUUCAUCAAAUACAUGUGUUUAAGAAUAAUUUGAUUAGUAUUAUUUCUGUUAUGUGUAUAUACAAUGCACACUGCACUAGCUUCUACACAGAAGGCUGUUCUAUAAAUAAGCUAAUAUCUUAAUAUUUAACGUUUAUAUA